GAGUCCUCAAUAUGUCCCAGCACACAGUAGAGCUGAGACCAUCUUCAACACGCGGCCGACGGGCAUUGGAUGUCCUUACCAAGUAAGCUGGAUACAUCUUGGGGAAUCGUAUAGCUGUUCCUGGCUCCCAGAAUCCGAGAACUAGAGGAGCUUUCUGACCUUACCAUCAUUUGCAAUGGGGCCACAUUCCCGGUACAUAAAGCAGCUGUCUGCUCACAGUCACCGGUCAUACGCGCUGCCUGUACCAGGGGUUUCGAUGCAGGAAUUUAUGAGAUAGUAGAUGGCUCGAGGUAUAUUGUUGACAAACUUUGCAAUAUUUCUACACUGGAGAUUAUACGGGGAUAUCGGAAGAGGACGAUAGCGCAUACUCAGAUAUGUCUACGCUGCAACUUCAUGCAAGAGUCUUUGCACUAGCCGACAAGCACGAUGUGAAAGGCUUGUGUGGUCUAUCAGCAGAGAAGUACUUCUCCAGGCUUGAGAAAGACUUCAACGUUGUUGAAUUUUUAAAGUCUAUCCUGGAUGUUCACCAUUUAACCUCCCCACCAAUUCAGACGCUAAGGGAUAUUACAUCCGAAGUUUCAUCACUUAUGAAAGACUUGCCCGAAUCAUAUAUCGCAUGCCCGAUAUUAGCCGAUUGUCACCACUGUGGGCCAACAAUGGCCAUGCAGGCGUUGCAAGUUCGAUGCUGGAAGUGCAGCCGAGGAAGGGCG